GGAUCCAAGACUGUUUUGGGAAGAGCGAAUAAACACGGGGGCACUGCCCGAAGAAGGACGUCAUGAGCACUAACAAACGCCGCCCGAGAGCAGGAGGCGGCGCGCCUGAGGGACCCCCGCGGAUCUCUCCCCUGCGACACUAGCGGUCCCCAGGGCCGGGUCGCUCCCCGCACCGCUCCCAGCUCCGCAGCGGCAGAAGCCGGCUGAAAACUGAAGGUAACUCGGGGCUACUCACCCCUGGCGCUUGCUUCCGCGCUCCCCGCCUCACGCAGCUGCGGCCGGGCGGUGCUCGCGGCGGGGGGCGCACGCCGGCCUCGGCCGCCCCUGCGGGGGCGCGGACAUGGCGGUCGCUGCCCAAGGACGGACGCGCCCGGGAGCUCCCGCCCCCCGCGCGUGGCGCCCCAGCGCUCCCCGCCCACACACGGGACACCCGGCGAGGGGCGGGGCGGGGCGGGAGUAGCCCCCACCCCCCGCGGCCACCGCCUCCGCGCGGCGCGGAAGCAGCAGGGCCCUGCGCCUUUAAGGGCGGCCCCGCCCCCCGCGCCGGCCCCGCCCCCUGCCGCGCGCCGCGCCAGUAGGAGCGGGCGAGAGGGGAAGGCGGGAGAAUGCGAACCUCUCGCAGAGCCGCCAGCCGCGCCUUAUAAGGGCAGGGCCUCGCGCAUGCGCGCAGCCCCGCGGCCAGGGGCGGGGGCUCCGACUGGGGUUUUGCUUCGGCGGCGGCGCCGCGGCGGGAAGGGGCGCGGGACCCCGCGGCAGCGGCAUCGGCUCUGGCCAGGCCUGGCCCAGCGGGGCGCUCGCUCCUUACCGCCUUCUGCUCCGUGGCGCCUCGGCGCAGCUCGGCCCCCUGCGGGCUACAGAGGCGGCGGCAGGAGGGAGCGGAGCGGGGUCGUUGCGGGGACCCCGCGCCCGGUGCGGGCGGCUUGGCGGCAGCGGCGGAUGUGCUGCUGGCGCGGGGGGAUGAUGCUGGCGGGGCCGCAGCUGGUGGCGGGGCCGGCGGCGCCGGGCGGGGAGCGGGCCCGGCUGCUCUCGCUCUAUGUGCAGGACUACCUAGAGUGCGUGGAGUCGCUGCCGCUGGACAUCCAGCGCAACGCCUCGCUGCUGCGGGAGAUGGACACGCAGUGCCAAGAAGCAUUAAAAGAAAUAGAUGAUGUCUAUGAAAAAUACAAGUCAGAAAAUGAUCCUGUUCAGAAGAAGCGCUUGCAGCAGCAUCUCCAGCGUGCAUUAAUCAACAGCCAAGAACUCGGAGAUGAAAAAAUUCAGAUAGUUACUCAGAUGCUAGAACUGGUAGAGAAUAGAGCCCGGCAAAUGGAAACACACUCUCAGUGUUUCCAAGAUCUGUCUGAGAACGAAAAGCCUCUAGAAAAGGCAAAGAUGGAGUCUUGCCAGCCAGAGAGAUCUUCACGUAGACCUCGUCGCCAGCGAACCAGUGAAAGCCGUGAUCUGUGCCAUAUAGCAAAUGGCAUCGAUGACUGCGAUGAUCAGCCCCCUAAAGAAAAAAGAUCUAAAUCUUCCAAGAAGAAAAAACGCUCCAAAGCCAAACAAGAGAGAGAGGUUUCACCCGUAGAAUUUGCAAUUGAUCCAAAUGAACCAACUUACUGCUUAUGCAACCAAGUGUCUUACGGCGAAAUGAUAGGAUGUGAUAACGAACAGUGUCCUAUCGAGUGGUUCCACUUCUCGUGUGUUGGACUCACCUACAAACCAAAGGGCAAAUGGUAUUGCCCCAAGUGCAGAGGAGACAAUGAGAAAACAAUGGACAAAUGUACUGACAAAUCAAAAAAGGAUAGAAGAUCGAGGUCAAUGGUAAUUGCUGAAGAAGCACUUAAGAUGCUAGUAUGAAAUUUGGAAGGUAAGUAGAGAACGCUUAUGUUGCUUCUUAAUGUUGAGUUUCUUAAAGGGUGAACCUCACUAGCGAAGUGAAAAUGAAAAGUAAAUGCUGUUAAGCCAGUUUAUCUUUGAGAUACGUAUUGACUGUCAUGAAGUAAGUCUAGGUUCUUGCAAAAACAAAAAUCUGGGCAACAUACACUUUUGAAGUUGACAAUAGCAUAUGUAACUACACAGUAAACUGCUUUUUGUACAUGCUACAUCCUAAUUCAGCAUAGGUUACAUCUUGUUUUCUUGAAGCUCACGAAAACAUGGUGCACUUCUAAGUUCUUGAUUUUUGCCUUUCAGUUUUGAAGUAAUACAAGUUCAUCAGCAGCAAAAGGUCUAUUUAAAAGGAAUGGCAGGAGAACAAGAGUGUUUCUUGAUCUCACCAUCCCAUGGACCAGUUUGAUUAAUCUUGACAAAAUAAUAAUCAAACCAAACUUCAAAACAGAAAAUACAUGUAAUGGAAAGCGUACUGCUUUGAAAGCAAAGUGAGCAAUAUGAUAUACUUGCUGCCUAUAAGGCCAUCUUGCUGUCUCCAGCAGUUACUGUAUUUUUUUUGGACUCUGGAAUUCUGGCAGGCCUGGAAUAGUACACAAGAUUAAUACAGGUUUUCUCCAGUUGCUGUGUAUGACUUUAUUGUGUAAGCUGCCUGAAUCCAAAUACGGUUCAUUACCAGCCAUGAUAGGUGCAAAUUAUUCAAGUGUAGUCUUCUGUGUGCUGUUAUACGUUCAUACCUGUUGAUUGCUAAAAAGCACAGUGAUAAUACCUCCAUUUUUAAACUUCCUUAAACUGUAUUUCACUAAUCUACACAUCUAGAAAUGAUAUCGUGGUACUGUCAAGUCUUGGAACUGAUACAGAAUGGUGGUAAGUGAAAUGCCCCAUUCUUCCCAAAAUCUAAGGAUUUUCCAUUUUGGAUGUUCUUGUGGAGCUGAAGUGGGCCUUUGUAAGCAAGAUGGCAUUUCCCAACUUUGAAGACUUUAAAAAUCUCUAACUUCAGCUUGACAGAAACUACUACAGUUUGUGUUAAUUCAGACGUAAAAAUGAGCACUUGGGCAUUUCUGUGGCUUGUACCAUUAAGUCUUAAUCUGUGUUUUUAUUGUUUAGGCUCUGCUGGACUGAACUGUACCCUACUUGGUCUCCCCUAAAACCCAAGCAGUCUAUUGGGACAAAACUGCACCAAUUGCUAUACCAGCAAUUUAAGGGCUUGGAGUUCUUUCUCCCUCUUAUCUGCAUACAUCUUUUAUUAAGAGGUCUUAUCUCCAGUAACUCUGGAAGUCUUUGACAUUGGCACCUCAGACGGAAAAAAUACCUCAGGUUUCAUACAAACCCAACUUGCUUUAAAUGCUGCAAUCUGAUUUAAACCUUUUUUUCCCCCAUACAUAUCUGAGUCUAACAGCAAUGAUAAAAGCCCCUGCAAAUCACGGAGAUACUUUAUCACAUCCAGAAAUAUGUCUGAAGUUCUUCUGUUGUUUAUUUCAAAGCUAAUACUAUCUUGGUAGCUAUUACUUGCUGAAGCCUGCUUUAAACUCAAAUGACAGAUGCAUUAGUCCUGCAGCGUAUCGACUCAGUGAGUCUCGGUAAAGAAAUGUACUCUGGGCAACGAGAAAGCAACUUGUUUAUGCUACAGCUUAGAGGUAGCAUAUCUUCCUCUGUCAGGACUAGCAACCCUGGCUAGUUUCUGCAGAGGAGACUGAGGCAGGCCAAACAUGGUUUGGCCUGUGGAAUGCCACAGACCAGACAAAUUAACUGAGAUGUAUGUUGGGAAGGUCUGCACUAGAC